AUAUCGGUAUCCACACUCCAUGCCGAUCGAGACUGAUUUCGACAGCUUAGCCAAUCAAACCCAUCUGACACGGCCAAAUCAGGCUAUCGAUAUGUCAUCGCUGAUGGCCUCUUGGCUGGCUAUAAGUUUUGGGGCGUGUGGGCUUUUCGCAGGCAAUGUACCUGUAGAUGAGUGCACCGGUGGAUGAGGCUGGCGGAAUGGUUCAGCCCGUUUCUGGACAAUCCAAGGUACACAAUUACAAUCCGGGUCUAUACGUUCGUGUCAAAAUGCAACAUGAUACUUCAAAUGGACGCGGGGAAACAGCCAGCAACAGGGGUGAGGACGGCCCAUGUAGCCCCCCUGAGCGCAUGGCAGAUGCAGGACCGGUCCAGCUCGACUAUGAACAAGAACUCCCGCCCGAUGGAGGCUAUGGCUGGGUCAUUGUGGCAUCAUGUUUCACCCUGAACUGCUUUACUUGGGGCGUCACUUCGUCUUACGGCGUUUACCUCUCCCACUACCUGUCCUCAGAGCUCUUCCCUGGCGCGACGUCAAUGGACUACGGCCUCAUCGGGGGCUUCAACUUCGCCUUUGCCAUGAUUCUUGCGCCCCUGGCAACCUACACGGCCCACCGCUUUGGAAAGCGCGGUGUCAUGCUUGCGGGAGUCGUCAUGCAGUCUGCCGGGCUCAUCUCCGCCUCCUUCGCAUCAGAGGUCUGGCACCUCUAUGUAACGCAAGGCGCGCUUGUCGGCGGCGGCAUCGGCCUAGUCUUCGUUCCAAGCCUGCCGGUUCUGUCCCAAUGGUUCUCGGAGAGGCGCAGCGUCGCCAACGGCAUAAGCUCAGCCGGUUCCGGGGUCGGCGGCGUCGUCUUUUCCUGGGGCACCGGUGCGAUGAUCCACAACCUCGGACUUUCCUGGGCGCUCCGUGCCAUGGGCCUGGUGACGUUAGUCGCGAACACUGCCGCAACGCUACUCAUCCGAGACCGGCAGGCCAGGUCAAACAAGCUAGUCAUCGACGUCCAGCUACUGCGGAGGUACGAGGUUCGCCUCCUUUUGCUCUGGGCGUUCAUAAGCAUGUUCGGCUACAUCACUCUUCUAUUCUCCCUCGCCGACUUCUCCCGUUCCGUCGGCCUCUCCUCGGCACAAGCCACGGAUGUGACAGGUGUCCUCAAUUUCGGCACCGCGGUGGGAAGACCGCUUAUCGGGAUCACGAGUGACCACUUUCGAAGAAUCGACACCGCCGGCAUGUUAACCCUGCUGUGCGGCGUCAUCUGUUUUGCCAUGUGGCUACCUGCCACAACUUUUGCCUCGACUCUAGCGUUUGCCUUCAUAUGCGGCGCUAUACUCGGCGUUUUUUAGAUAGUUCGUGGCAUAAAUCCCUGGCCAGCUCUGUCUUCCCUUGGGAUAUUGUUAGGUGCCAGAGGUGGGGGGCACCAGGGGACCACCAGCUGUAGGGCCACAACCAGGAAAACUAUUAUCUAAGG